UGCGCUCUGACGUCAGCAGCGGUCACAUGACUCUGGCGGAAGCGGCAGCAUGGCUCUGCUCUUCAGCGACGACGAGAUCCAGCGGGCCUGGACCGAGCUGGACGAGCCGCAGCUCGACGGAGGAUGGGAGCUCUUCACCGAGACCAUGAACGUCAAAAUAUACCGACUCUACAACAAGGAGACGGGUCUGUACGAGUACAAAGUGUUCGGUUCUCUGGCCGGCUGCGCUCCGGAUCUCUGUGCAGACGUUUACAUGGAUCUGAACUACAGGAGACAGUGGGACUCGUACGUCAAAGGUGGGCCUCGCUCCUCCUGUUGCCGGUGGUCAGAUUCGGUCAGAUGCGCAGAGCUCCACGAGAAGGACUACGGCGAACAGAAAGCCAUAUACUGGGAAGUUAAAUAUCCAUUACCUCUGUCCAACAGGGAUUACGUGUACGUGCGGGAGCGCCGGGAUCUGGACGUGGGAGGACGGAAGAUCUGUGUGGUUUUAGCCAAGAGCUCAUCUGUGUCUCAGUGUCCAGAGAAGAAGGGCGUGAUCCGGGUCAGAGACUACAAACAGAGUCUGGCCAUGGAGAGCGACGGCUCCGGCGGAACCAAAGUGUUUAUGAACUACUUUGACAAUCCUGGAGGAAUGAUCCCGGCGUGGCUGGUGAACUGGGCAGCGAAGACGGGCGUCCCUGGCUUCCUCACCGACAUGACGAAGGCCUGCGGGAACUACAGCAGCUACUGCAGCAACAGCAAGUGAUCCUGUCCGGAGGGCAUUCUGGGAAGAGUCGGAGAAAACGGCACCAGCCUACCGUUGAACGCCAGCAGGAAGUUAAUCUAAUUUGAGUUUGGAAAAUGUGUUGGACGUAACACGGAUUCAUCACGGCACUUCCAUUGGUUGUUAUUUGUGAAUGUACGUAUAUCAAAUGCACAAAAUCAAUCGGCUAGGGUGCAUUUAUUCGGUCAAAAAUACAGUGCAAACGGUUUUUAAAAAAUGUCAUUUAUUCCUGUGACGCAAUGCUGGAUUUUCAGCAUUAUUGCUUCAGUUUUCAGUGUCGCACGAUCCUUCAGAAAUCAUUUUAAUACACUGAUUUGCUGCUCACUGAUAAUAGUAUUGUUAUCAAUAAUUGUUCUUAUCGAUCUGUUUUUGCUGCCUAAUGUUUUUGUGCAUGCAUUUUCCCAAGCUCUUUUUAAUUAAUGCAAAGUUCAAAUGCACGAAAUGCAAGUCUUUCCUAACAUUAAAAAUGUGUCUUUCGCCUCGCUUUUGACCGACUUAGUGCUCCUUCGCUUUAACGAGAAACCUUUAAUUAGUUUCCGCACAGAUGUGCUGAUAAUAAUUAAUAGAUUAAUAGAUUUCCGAAAGAAUCACGUGACGCUGGAGAGUAAUGAUGCUGAAAAUUCAGCUUUGAUCAAAGCAAUAAAUUGCAUGAACACGUUUUCGCGCAAAACGCACUUAUUUUAAAUGGCGAUGAUAUUUGACCAUUUUUUUUCUACUGUAGGUAUAAAAAAACUACUUUAGGUUCUGAUCUGAACAGUUAUACAAUGCUGCUGUUAUAGAUCACAAUCAUGCACUUAAUGUGUGUUUUACGGGACAUUUUAGCAUGUGCUGGUGUUGAAGGAGUCCUUUCCCAUGAGCCUCUGCGGUUGGACUGGAGCGAUCCAUCGUUCUCUGCUGGUGGAUAUUUAACCAAGACGGUUCGCACUGAUUUUUAUUUUAACGCCGGAUGCUGUUUUUUAAGAGUUAAUGCAACCUGCUGUACGUUGGGAAAUGUAAUUAUAUUUCUGAUAUUUUGCAAAGGGAUCACGCACGAAUCGCAUUUAUGACACGUGCCCGAAAACCGAGGUGGGACUGUUGUAUAUUGACGAACAUUUGCAUGGAAAAUGCCUGCACUCACGUCUGAAAUCAUACCUGUGAGCCGUUUACAUGGUAACGCCGAGCACACAAACAAAUUGGCUGUUAGAAUAUCGUUUUGAGAUGCAAAAUCUGUAUUGUAAUUGAGAUUAAGUGGCAGAUCCGUUCAUCUUUCUGUGAUACUGCAUGAAUGUUACGGUGGACGAAUAUUGUGUGAUUUUAAAAAGAAGCGCUUUGAUGCAAUCCAGGCCGUUCGUAUCCGCUGGGGUUUGUUUUUAGAAAUCGAUAGGAAAUGAAGCCUCUGACUCCAUUUUAACACGCCGUAGUUUCGUUGUAUCUUUUGGUGCACUGUCUUCCCCUGGUUUUCAGAUUUUUUACUUAUUAUUUUGACAUCUCUACCUCUUAAACUCGCUGUGCUGAAAAUGAAAAAAUAAAAAUCAAAUCUGUACAUUCUUCCUAAAGCACUUUAUUAUUGCAAAUAUUUGAUUGCAAUAAACUGGUGUUCUGCCUUUAA